UUAUUAUGUAUAGGUUCAUGGGAAUACCCCAGUUUAUUUUGGGCUGCUAGUUUUAGGUGUUCAGUUUUAAUUCUUUGCCAUUGAAUCUUUGGUGUUUCUAUUACUCUAUAUAGGACGAUAUAUUUUUUAAAUACGUUAUGAAGGUUUUUUCAUUCGAAUACAUGCAUAACACAAGGUUACUAACUGCUGUAAUAGGCCUAAUACUUUAUGUGAAGUUGACAAAUACAGCACAUCCCGGAAGUUCGUAUGGGGAGAAUGUAGUUUUUAUGUAUGAUGAGAAAUUGGCGCAAUUCAUACCAAGCUGCAAAUGCCAUAUAGAGGGAACUGAAACCUCACAUUUCCACAAGUGGUUCAAGUUAGAAGAAGAUGGACCAACGUACGAUUUAUGCUACGCAGGGUCAUAUGUAGCUGAAAUAACUUCAACCAAAGCUGUUUGUAAACCAUGUAUAAUUGGUACAUAUAACCCAUCUCCAAAUGCUUGCCCAUAUUGUCUGAUGUGUCGAACAUGUGGAGAACUUGAAAACGAAGUAACUGAAUGUAGCAGUACUGUAAAUCGGAUUUGUGAAUGUAAAAGUGGUGAAUCAUGUUAUUCAGCUCCAUUUAAUGGUUUGUAUUAUCAUCAUCAACAUUUGGAUAAUGAAGCCGAAUCUAAAAAAAUAACCCAUAACAUAGCAAUAGACCUAAUAGAACAAAAACACGACUCUUGUUGGCCCUAUCAAAGAUACUAGAUAUACAAGAUAGAGUUCUCCACACAAAAAAAGUGUUCC